GGCAGCGCUGCCCGACCACGGAUUGGCAUCGUUACUGUUCACACCGAGAACAUUGGGCAGUACGCAAACAUAACUGGCGAAAGAAACCGGCUGUAUGCCAAGCGACACGAUUAUGGUUUCCAUAUCGAGACAAACGUGAUCGACAAGUCCAGGAUGCCCCACUGGUCCAAGAUUCAUGCAGUUCUACUCCACCUUUGUGAGUAUGACUUUGUAUUCUGGGUCGAUGCAGAUGCCAUGUUCUAUGACCAGCACGUUCGAAUAGAGGAUGUUGUGCCAGUCGGGGAUGUUGAGAAGCAUAUCUGGCUGCAGCACCAUUCGCAGGAUUUCCCUUCCAGUAUUCGAAAAGAGCUUUUCGACACUGGAACUGUUUUAUUUCGGAGUUCGCCGUGGACUCGACAGUUUCUGCUGGAGUGGUAUUUCUAUCCUCCAUGUCAAGAUCCUGAGAUCCUCAACUACACGGAGCAGUACUGCUUCAGUGAGGCUUACAAGGCGGAUUUCAUGGACUUGCAAACCAAGACGGCGGCUUUGCGCUCCAAAGAGCUGAACAACCACCAGGUACCUGGCCCUUCGGAAAAAGGAUUGUUCAUCCUCCACCUGAGCGGACAGGCGGAUGCGCAGCGUGCCGACUACUUGCGAGAAGUCCUGGACGGAAAGGCAAGCGUCUUUGCGAGCCAGCCUGAAUAUGCGGACUUCAGGAGUUUCCAGCAGCUUUUUGCAAGCCACAACUAUGGGGGCCUGGCAAGCAUUCACCUUUGCGUGGUUGGGAUCGGAGACCGACAAGCACUGCUUCUGGAUGCCCUCCUGUUUCACCUCACGUACAUGGGCGUCACAACCAUUAUUCUGGAGGGUGCACCCGGACUUUACAGUCAGCUCAGAAAGUCCGACGAGAUCGUGGGCACCAAGUAUGGCAAGCGCAUGGCUCUCCUCAGCAUUGAGGAGUAUCUCUCCGGGACGACGAUCGCCGGUGACCCGUACGUCUCAGGGUUUUACUGCGACGUGACGAUCCUCGGCGUCGAAAGCUGGAGGCACAUGAGAUAUGGCCACAAGCUGCUCGGAGAGUUGAACUUGGCCGGUUUCAGCCGGGACCAUGAAGAGGUCAUGGCUGGGCGAAGCUUCGGCGCGUCACCGUUGUCGGACGUUUUCUUUGCCGUGCUCGAGGAUGGUUGUCUGGGGGAUGCCGGGGCGCUGCGUGCCGAGCCCGAUCGGCUUCUAGACACUGCCACCCGGGCACAGUUGGAAAGGACGAUUUUGGUGGUGAACUGGAUGAAGCCUGCCGCUUCCUAUCCAACAGCUACCUUUGGCUAG